AUGGCCUCUUCAGCAGCGGUGAAUAAGAUCGCGCCCACCAGCCCUUCUCGACAGCGUCCGAGCGAGCUGGAGACAAGUAUCGCAGGCGCGCUGUACGAUCUAGAAUCCAACAUCCCAGACAUGAAGAGUGCACUCCGGCCGCUGCAAUUCGUAUCUGCUCGUGAGAUCGAGGUCGGCCAUGGCAAGAAAGCAAUCGUCAUCUUCGUCCCAGUCCCUCUCCUCCCCGGAUUCCAUAAAGUACAGCAGCGUCUGACCCGCGAACUUGAGAAAAAGUUCUCCGACCGCCAAGUGCUCUUCCUUGCUUCUCGCCGCAUUCUCCCACGUCCAAAACGCUCCACACGCUCCCGUACCUCCCAAAAACAGAAACGGCCUUUCUCGCGCACACUCACUGCUGUACAUGACGCCAUUCUGCACGAUGUGGUCUACCCAGUAGAAAUUGUGGGAAAGAGGACGAGAACACGGGAGGAUGGGAGCAAGGUGUUGAAGGUGGUGUUGGAUGAGAAGGAGAGGGGGAGCGUAGAUCAUAGGCUUGAUACGUUUGCAGAGGUUUACAGGAAGCUGACGGGGAAGGGGGUUGGGUUUGAGUUCCCGGUCGGGGGUGGUGCGGAGUAUUAA